AUGUGUCACGCCUUCCUGCCGACCUUAAAGGGUCCUGCUCAGAGGUGGCUUGUUUCUCUUCCACCUGGGUCUAUCCGUAGUUUCAAAGACUUGGCUGAUCGAUUCAUGAGCCACUAUGCGGCGAACAUCAGGCUUCAAAAGGAUCUAACACACCUUGGCGACAUCCAUCAAGACGAGGGUGAGUCGCUCAAAACCUACUUGGCGCGAUGGCAAAAAGAGAUCCAGGCCAUUGAAGGAGUCGAAGACCAGAACGCGCUCACAUUUUUCAUCGAGUCGCUUCGAUCGGAAAAGCUGUAUAAUGAUCUCUGGGAUAACCGACCAGCAAUGUAA